AUCCCGACAGCACAGAACAAGACCGGAAUGUCACCUGUCACAGAAGAGGGUCUCUCCGUCACCCACCCCACCCACCGCACUGAUCCCCCACAUCUACGUCUGAUCCACUACAAUGACGUCUACCACGUGGAAGAAGGCUCUGCCGAACCCGUCGGCGGCGUCGCGCGCUUCCAGUCCGUCAUCAACCACUACCGCUCCGACCCGUGCUAUUCCGGCCAACCCGACCUCCUCACCUUCUUCUCCGGCGACGCCUAUAAUCCCAGUCUGCAGAGCACCGUGACGAAGGGGAAGCAUAUGGUGCCGUUUUUGAAUAAAGUGGGGACGGAUGUCGCUUGUGUGGGGAACCACGACCUCGAUUUCGGCGUCGCGCAAUUCCGACAUCUGCGCGAUCAGUGUCGGUUUCCGUGGCUGUUGGCCAAUGUCUUGGAUCCGGCGCUGGGGGAGGACGUCCCGAUUGCGGAUUGUGGGAAGACGAUGAUGUUGACGGCGUCGAAUGGUGUUAAGGUUGGGGUGGUGGGGUUGGGGGAGAGGGAGUGGCUAGGAACUAUCAACGCCCUGCCCCCAGAUCUGAUAUAUAAAUCUGCAUCCAAGACGGCGAUGGAGCUGGUUCCGCGAUUGCGCGAGCAAGGUGCGGAGUUGAUUGUUGCUGUGACGCAUCAACGCGAGCCGAAUGAUUAUAAACUGGCGGAGAAUCUGCCGCCCGGACUGGUGGAUAUUAUCAUGGGGGGACAUGAUCAUUUCUAUGCACAUACAGUGGUCAAUGGGGUGCAUGUGCUGCGGUCGGGGACUGAUUUCAAGCAGUUAAGCUAUAUAGAGGCGUGGAAGAAAGAGGACGGUCCGGGGUGGGACUUCAGUAUAAUAAGACGGGACAUCGUGCGCUUGAUCCCGGAGGAUCCGGCGACGAUGACCAUGGUCGGACGGUUGACGUCGAGCCUGCAGGCGAAGUUGGAGAAGCCGAUUGGGUUCACUACCCGGGCGUUGGACGGACGGUUCUCGACCGUGCGGCAGAGAGAGUCGAAUUUGGGGAACUUCGCGUGCGAUCUGAUGCGGUUUUACUACGGGGCCGACUGCGCCAUGAUGGCCGGUGGGACAAUUCGCGGUGAUCAGAUCUAUCCGCCCGGGAUCCUGCGGUUGAAGGAUAUCCUCAACUGCUUCCCGUUCGAGGAUCCGGUCGUGUUGAUCCGCCUCGACGGCAAAGCCCUUAUCGACGCGCUGGAGAACGGCGUCAGCCAGCUCCCCGCCAUGGAAGGCCGCUUCCCGCAGGUCUCGAACAUCGCGUUCAGCUAUAACCCGUCAGCGCCUUCAGGCUCGCGCAUCAACUGGGCCAAGGUAGACGGCGCCCCGAUCGACUAUAACCGGAAAUACACCCUUGCGACGCGAGGCUACAUGGCGCGGGGGAAAGACGGGUUCUCCUCCCUCCUCAUCGAAUCUGAAGGCGGACAAGUCGAAGAAAUUGUCGACGAGGAAAGCGGCAUCCUAAUCAGCACACUCCUGCGCCAGUACUUCCUCAGCCUUCGCGUCCUGGGCAAAUGGCGCCGCUGGAGCCCCAGCAUGACGCGCCACUGGACCACCGUGCACGAGAACCUCCACUCCAAAGGCUGGCUCAAAGGCCCCUCCGCCCCCGGAUCACCCGUCACCGAAAAGACCCCCCACCACAAACGUCCAUCCCUCCCCCCGCGCUCAAAACAAUACUACUACGGCCGCUUUCCCGAACUCGACACCGAGGAGAAAGACGGGGGCCUGGACCGCGAACAGGAAUCCAUGGACUCGGACUCCGACACAGACCCGGAUAUUCUGACCUCGCCCCAUCCGAUCACGAACUACGUGACCUUGCCGGCGAGGUCGGCUACGGAGGAGGAGCGGAGGCUACGUCUGGCGAGAAAGGUUACCCGUACCUGGAUGCGUCGCGCGGGAUUGCAGCCGUCGGCGAUUAAUGAUACCGAUGAGAUUGGGGAGUUUACCCCGUCUUGGACGCCGGGGAUUGCGCCCCGGUUGGAGGGGAGGAUUGUUAUUGAGAGUACAUGAGUGGCAGCUAUAUUUACUUGUAGCCUUGCAUUGUUUAUGAAUUAUGAUGGUAUGAGAUGUGAAGACAUGAUAGAGAUAGAUUAGCUUUAUGUGUUGUGUGGUAUUAUCAUUGGUAUAUAAGGUAUGAUUGG